AUGAGUUUCAUGUACUUCAACAACGACUUCCCUAGUGGUAGUGUACAAGAUCAGUUACGCCAUCUACACAACCAUAGCAAGGACAACAACCACCCAGUACUAGCUCGAUUCAUUGCUGAAGCGACGCGGGUGAUCAAGGAAGAGAUCCAGUGUCUGCCGACGGAGCUGAAGACCUUGAUUCUGCCGUUUAACAACGUCUUCAGCUGGGCCGAGAAUGAAAAUCUUCGAGAGGGUCUUGUUUGUGGUGCGGUCGAGGGAGUUCUUCUCGUCACACUUCAACUCGCAGCGUACAUUGGCUAUCUCGAAAAGAACCCGGCCGAUUUGCGUGAUGCCUCCGCCUCCGGGCUCUGUGGAUUGGGCGUUGGCCUGCUGUCCUCCACGGCCGUCUCUUUGUCACCCACGGUGUGUGAGCUGGCGGUGGCUGGUGCGGACGCGGUCCGAUUGGCAUUCCGCUUAGGCAUUCAUGUCAUUGGAGUCUCAGAGAAUCUUGAAGCCAGAGACAUGUCAGAAAAGCCCGAUACUUGGGCGUAUGUGGUGCAUCGUAUCGAUCCGGCCGAAGUGCAGAAUGAGCUCGACUCCAUCAACACGCGGUCCAAUACCCCAAGUACCGGCAAGAUCUUUGUCAGCGCUGUCAGUCCCACCUCGGUGACAAUCAGCGGACCCCCUUCGACACUGAAGAAGCUGUUCAGCAAGUCCGAGUUCUUCCGCAAGGCAAGGUCCAUGCCUUUGCCCGUAUACGGAGGCCUCUGCCACGCCCCCCACGUCUAUGGUCGCGAGGAUAUGCAGAGCAUCGUCUACGGCAGCCAACUAAGCACUGUCACCGCCAAAACUGUGCCUCUGAUUCCGGUGUACUCAACGAGCACCGGACUCCCAUAUUCGGCAGCCGAUGCCGGUGCUCUCUUCGAGUGCGUCGUCUCCGAGCUGCUCGAGAAGGCAAUUCACUGGCAUCAAACCGUUGGCGGUCUCGUCAACCGUAUCAAGCGGAUGGGAGCGGAAGAUGUGACGUUCCAUUGUUUCGGGAACUCCCUCCCCCUGAACGAUCUUACUGCCCAGGUGAAAUCUGCCCUUCAAGAAGCAGAAGCGGCAGACUCGGAAGUCUCCAUUAAUGACUUGACAUCCUGGAUAGACCAAGCUGCGCCGGCUGCUUCUGUUCCCCGCAGCCCAGGCCAAUCCAAGCUCGCCGUCGUGGGCAUGUCGUGCAGGCUUCCAGGCGGCGCGACUAGCAACGAAAAGUUCUGGGAGAUUCUCGAGAAGGGCCUGGAUGUCUCUCGCCAGAUUCCCGCGGAUCGUUUUGACAUCAGCACGCACUACGACCCAGAGGGCAAGCAGAUUAACAAGACCAUGACGCAGUACGGCUGUUUCAUCGACGAGCCUGGCAUGUUUGACGCUCCUUUCUUCAACAUGUCCCCUCGCGAGGCGCAGGUCGUAGACCCCCAAAUGCGGCUUGCUCUGGUCACGGCAUACGAGGCGUUGGAACAGGCCGGCUUUGUUCCCAACCGCACCCCGUCCACGCAGUUGAAUCGUAUCGGCACGUACUAUGGCCAGGCAGCCGACGACUACCGCGAAGUGAACCAGGGUCAGGAAGUCAACACCUACUAUAUUCCCGGUGGGUGCCGGGCUUUUGGUCCUGGUCGAAUCAACUACUUCUUCAAGUUUGCCGGUCCGAGUUAUAGCAUCGACACGGCCUGCUCUUCGGGGCUUGCGGCAAUUCAGGUUGCCUGUCAGGCUCUCUGGUCUGGUGACAUCGAUAUGGCCGUCACCGGUGGUGUCAAUGUCCUGACUAACCCGGACGGAUUCGCCGGCUUGUGCAAUGGUCACUUCCUCACCAAGGGCCCCAACGCAUGCAAAACCUGGGAUGCCACGGCCGAUGGGUACUGUCGAGCAGACGGUAUCGGGUCCCUGGUAAUCAAGAGGCUUGAAGACGCCGAGGCGGAUAACGACAACAUCCUCGGGGUUAUCCUGGGUGCCGGGACCAACCAUUCCGCCGAGGCCGUGUCUAUUACCCAUCCUCAUGCAGGCCAUCAAUCUGAUCUCUCUCGUCAGGUCCUCCGGCAGGCGGGUGUCAACCCGUUGGAUGUGUCCUAUGUCGAGCUGCACGGGACAGGCACCCAGGCGGGAGACUUUGAGGAGCUGCAGGGCAUCAUGGACGUGUACGCGCCUCUGACCAAAGCUCGCAGCAAAGAUAAGCCCCUUUACAUCGGCGCCGUCAAGGCCAACGUGGGACAUGGAGAAUCUGUUGCCGGCACGACGGCGCUGAUCAAGGUGUUGCUCAUGUUGCAGAAGAACGCCAUCCCGCCACACGUCGGCAUCAAGACCGAGAUCAACCCUCGUUUCCCGCGGGACUUUGACCAGCGUAAUCUUCACAUUCCUCUUGAAAUGACCGACUGGACGCCUGUGGGAGGUAGGAAGCGGCUCGCUGCGGUGAAUAACUUUGGUGCCGCCGGUGGCAAUACGACUGUGGUCCUCGAGGAAGCGCCGACGCGCCUGGCCACGGAGCCGGACCCGAGACAGACCCACGUCGUCGCCGUAUCGGCAAAGAACAAGGUCUCUCUGGCUGGAAACAUUAAGUCCUUGAUUGGCUAUCUCGAAGAUCACCCCGAUACCAACCUCAGCAACCUCUCUUACACUACAACUGCACGCCGGUACCAGCACACACAUCGCAUCGCCCCCAUUUGCUCGAGUGUAGAUCAACUGAAGAAGCAACUGACAACGAGUCUUGACGGCAUCGAAUCCAUCCGCCCGGUUUCCAAGUCGGGCCCGCAGUCCAUCGCCUUCGCCUUUACAGGCCAGGGAGCUUCCUAUCAAUCCAUGAGCCUCGAGUUGUAUCAGCAUGUUCCCGUCUUCCGCCAGACCAUUGACCGCCUCGACGCUCUCGCACAGCGGCAAGGAUUCCCCUCUUUCAUUCUCGCACUGGAUGGAUCGCAUGGCAAAGACCACGAACACUCGCCCGUGGUUACGCAGCUCGCCUUGGUCAGCACCGAGAUUGCCCUCGCCAAGUACUGGGCUUCGCUUGGUGUCCAACCAGACGUCGUCGUCGGCCACAGCCUGGGUGAAUACGCGGCGAUGCACGUAGCUGGCGUCCUCACCGCCAGCGAUGCCCUGUUCAUGGUCGGUCGUAGGGCCGAGAUGAUGCAGAAAAAGUGCACAAGAGGCAGCCACUGCAUGAUGGCUGUCCGAGCCUCCUUGAGGCAAAUCGCCGUCGCCGCACCGAACGAGCGGUACACCAUCGCCUGCAUCAACAGUCCUUCCGAUACAGUCCUCAGCGGUACAACCCAGGAAGUGGACCGUGUCGCCAGUGUCCUCGAGGCAGCUGGCUUCCGGUGUAUUAAGCUGUCCGUCGCCUAUGCUUUCCACUCGGAGCAGGUCGACCCUCUCCUCGAUGAUUUCGAAGCCAUUUGCAAGACCGCCGUCCGUUUCCAGGAGCCCAAGAUUCCCUAUAUCUCGCCGCUACUCGGCAAGGUCGUCUUCGACGGUAAGACGCUAAAUGCCAACUACUGCCGUCGCGCAACGAGAGAACCAGUCGACUUUGUAUCCGCCCUGGGGAACGCCCAGAACGUUUCUACUAUCAGCGCCGAGGACACGGUCUGGAUCGAGAUUGGUCCUCAUCCCGUGUGCACCGCCUUCGUCAAGUCCACCAUUCCGUCGACUCUGCUUGCCCUGCCCUCUAUUCAUCGCACCCAAGAUAACCUGAAGACGAUUGCUGAGAGCAUGGCUGCCUUGCAUCUUGUUGGGGUCAAGGUCUCGUGGACCGAGUUCCAUCACCCCUUUGAGAACCGACUUCGACUGCUUGAUCUACCCACCUAUUCGUGGAACGAGAAGAACUACUGGCUUCAGUAUAACGGCGAUUGGUGCUUGACGAAAGGAAACACGUUCUAUGGCACUCAACAGACUAUCGGAGCCAAGCUUGGGUCCUCGCCCCCGAGUCGUCUCCAAACGUCGACGGUCCAUGAGAUUAUCGAGGAGACAUCUGACAACUCUGGCUGUUCACUCGUUAUCCAGUCCAAUCUCAUGCAGUCUGAUUUCUAUGCUGCAGCAUACGGACAUCGAAUGAACGACUGCGGCGUUGUUACAUCGUCUAUCCACGCUGAUAUCGCCUUUACCCUCGGCGACUACCUCCACAGAAACCUCCUUCACCUUACGGGUAACAUGGCCGACAUGAACAUUGCGAACCUAGUCGUCUCAAAGGGUCUCGUCGCCAACAGCGAUACUUCAUCGCCUCAGCUGAUUCGAGUGACCGCAACCACAGCCGACACGAAAUCCGGCGCAGUCGACUUGACAUGGCAGAACGUAGCCAACGAUGGCACUGCAUCGGAGCCAUUCGCCACGGCCAACAUCUUGUUUGGCGAUGCAAGCGAAUGGCUCGCAUCGUGGAGUCCUCUGACGCACCUCAUCCAGGGCCGCAUCGAGGCACUCGAGCGCAUGGCUGCUGAAGGAAAAGCUAGUCGCUUCUCUCGCAACAUGGCCUAUACCCUCUUCGCCAGCAACCUGGUCGACUACGCUGACAAGUAUCGCGGCAUGCACUCCGUCGUGAUGCACGAGCUUGAAGGUUUCGCGGACAUCCAACUCACCAGCAAAGAAAGCGGCGUCUGGACCGUGCCGCCCUACUUCAUCGACAGCGUGGCCCAUCUUGCCGGGUUUAUCAUGAACUGCUCCGACUCGAUGGACUGCAAGAACAACUACUGCGUGACUCCCGGCUGGAAGACAAUGCGUUUCGCGAAGCCGCUACUGCCUGGCGCCAAGUACCGUUCUUACGUUAAGAUGAUCCCAACCGUUCAGGAUCCGACCGUCUACUUUGGCGAUGUGUACAUCAUGCAAAACGACGAGAUUAUCGGCAUGGUUGGCGGCAUCCAGUUCCGCAGCUUCCCACGCAUUUUGCUCAGUCGUUUCUUCUCGCCACCAGAUAAGAACGGCGCACAUGGCACCAAAGGGAAGACACAGACCACCAAGUCCUCCCCGCACACAACCGUGGCUAAGGCCAGACAUGACGAUGCUGUGAGCAAGCCAUCACCGCCUGUCAAGGCCACAGCGACUACAACGCCACCACUCCCUUCACAGUCUGCAUCUGGCACACCCAGUGAACCCUCUGCCACCUCACCCUCCGCCGCCACUAUAGGAGCUCAGAGCGACAGCCUGGCCGACAAGGCGUUGCAAAUCAUUGCGAGAGAGGCAGCCAUGGAGGUCGCUAGCUUAGAGGACGAUGCCAGCUUUGAUAGCCUGGGCAUUGACAGUCUUAUGUCACUGGUCAUAGUGGAAAAACUAAAGAUAGAGCUUGAUGUAAAGGUAGGGGGUAGUCUUUUCCUCGACUACCCAACUAUUGGGAAUUUUAAGCAGUGGCUAUUAGAUAUAGCGUAG